AUGCAACGACUAUACCCAACAACACAACACGACGAGAUUGGGACUGGUGAACAGACUAUGUUGUAUUCUCUCUUACGGAAACACAGAAGAACAAAUAUGCAAAAGUAUGCACUUAAAGAGAGGAGAAAAACGAAUGAUGGAAUUGUUUGGACAAUGUCUGAAUUUAUAGGCAAGAUGGUGACUGUUCGGAUGGGUUUGGAACUCCUCCAAACAGGUGCGAAUCUGAAAACUGUCGGAGUGAAGAGAGGAGUCACUGGCGGUGGUUCCGAGACUGUUGGGGUCACGAUCCGAAUAGUCUCAGCACUAUCCGUUGACAUGGUGGCAGUUCAGGUUCUGUGCAGCUAUAUUACACUUCCCCUUUAUGCACUUGUGACACAGAUGGGAUCACAAUUUAAGAGUAAGGUACUAGAAGAGAAAAUAGCCAACAUUAUAAAGCAAUGGCAUGCCGAGGUGAGAGUGAAGAGGAAGAAGCAAGAGCAGUGUUCAUUAUUAAUGUUUCCUCGAACUUCAUUGUCAACACCUGAUUGGAGCCUCAGAAACAGUCCCACUGAUUUCUCAUCUCACCAUCAUCAUCGACCCACUUCAACUACUCCAAUUCCAACUGAUCAAACCAACAAGAAUAAUUUCUCUAACAGAGGAGAGAUCACUGAAGAAAAAGUAGAUACACCAGAUGAUCAUCGAGCACCAGACUCUACAUGGCUUCCAUACCAAGCUGGGGUGGUAGAAUUGCCAACAGUGAGGCAAGAUAAAGGAAAUUGAAAUGGUAAAGGAUCUCGCUUCCUUUAAUGUGGAGACCAGUUUAAUUGAUGGCUCAUCACGCGUCACAUUUGAAUGAUAUGAAUUGUUCAUUUUGUAAAUUAUUGUAAGUAGAAAUCAAAUUAGGAGAGGUUUUCAUCAACUAAGGCCGGCAUGAAA